AGAUGAGCCUGCUGCGCCUGCUUGGAGUCCUGCUGCUGGCUACGCUCCAUGGAAUGGCACCUUUGCCCGCCGAGGGACUGCACCUGUCCAACCUCUCCGUUCCGCGGAUCAUUGACGUGGCCCAAAAGGCGAAACUCUUCUGCAGCUAUGCGAUGGGCAAUCGGACGCUGAACUCUGUCAAAUGGUACAAGGAUGGCCUCGAGUUUUUCAGAUAUUCGCCACUAACGCCGCCGACAACAAAUUGGUUCCCCGUUAAAGGUGUCACCAUCGCCGACGGUUCGCCGCAUUGCAAUCAAUUCAUCUGCAACGUGGAGCUGGAGAAGCUCAACGCCCAUUCCUCGGGCCAAUACCGCUGCGAGGUGUCCGGCGACGCGCCCGAGUUCAAGCUGAUCGAUCAGACGGCCAAUAUGACAGUGGGAGUGCUACCCAAGUACGAUCCCUUCAUUUCGGGCGUGAAACUUGCAUACAAAUAUCAUGACUAUCUCGUGGCCAACUGCAGUUCUGAGUGGUCGAGUCCUGCGGCCAAAUUGAUGUGGUAUAUCAACAAUAAGACGGCACCUGGGCACAGCCUACUGCCGCAAGUCAACGAGGUCACCCGCCAUGCCGACGGCUUCCACCUGUUCAGCAGCCACCUGCAACUGCGUCUGCACCUGGACGACCAGCGGUUCAUCAGCAAGAGCGAGGUGCUCCAGCUGAGCUGCUCCGCGGACAUCAUGGGCAUUGCGAGUGUGCGGCGUGAGAGCCGCGUGGAGACCACUAUUCUGGCGCUGAAGGAUGCCGGCACCAAUCAGCGGCUCACCGAGAACGGGUCCUGCAUCACAGGCCAGCCAGCUUCCCUGGCCGCCUGGCUUUUAAGUCUCGUCCACUUCCUGCGCUGGCAUGGCACCCAGAGUUAGUGGCUAGCCUUGACGGGGGUCCUUUUUGUAGCCUAAGUUCGCAGGAAAUAGGAAAUAUUGUAUGACAGACAUGGGGCGUCCAAGCAAGUGGAACCCUUGCACCAUUUCGAGCCAAGUGAAUAGUUAACAAGCCAAGGCAGCAGCAACAGUUGAAUUUGUAUAUAGUCGAAAUCGAAUUAGUCUAGGUCCGAGCAGGAAGCCCAGCCCCAUUGCCCUCAUGAGUGUCACAAUGCAACAUUUAAUUAUGUGUAAAGUGCAAUGCCGAAAAAUCAACACGAAGUGUGAACUAUGGAAUAUAAUAUAGGUAUCUAAACAGAUAAUUUGCUACAAAAUACGAUUAUAUGUAUGUCAGAAUUAUUUCCAAUGGGUGAGAGAGGAGAAACAUUCGAAUAUCAACAAAUUUACACAUGAAUAUUUGAGCACAGAAAAUAAAAAAGAGGAACACACACAAUCAAUGGCAAGUAAACUUAAUUAUUGUAUGUGAAUUGUUAAUUGUAUUAAAUGAUG